AGAAAGAGAGGACAUGUAAAGAUGCAGCUCUUCCUGGCUCUCUUCUUUCUGCUGGGAAUCCCCAGCGGGGCUCCAGAAAUUCAUUCUCUCAAGUAUUUCUACACUGCAGCCUCCAAUGUUCCAAACUUUCCAGAGUUUGUGGUCGUUGGUUUGGUGGAUGAAGUUCAAGUUGAGCACUACGACAGCAACACCACGAGAUUUGUUCCCAAACAGGACUGGAUGAACAGAGUCACAGAAGAAGAUCCACAGUACUGGUACAGAAACACUGAGAGGUUGAUGGGAGCUCAGCAAACCUUCAAAGCAAACAUUGAGAUCUUGAAGCAGCAUUUGAACCAAAUUGGAGGUUUUCAUAUUUUCCAGAAGAUGUAUGGUUGUGAAUGGGACGAUGAAACUGAUGAAGUGAACGGAUUUCAUCAAUACGGGUAUGAUGGAGAAGAUUUCCUCGUUCUGGAUGUGAAAACAGAGACAUGGAUCGCUCCAGUUCAACAGGCUGUUCCCACCAAACACAAAUGGGAAAUUGACAAAGAAGAUUUGGCUUAUAAGAAGUACUACCUGACCCAGGAAUGUCCCGAGUGGCUGAAGAAGUAUGUGGAGUUUGGUCGGAGCUCACUGAUGAGAAAAGAUCUUCCCUCAGUGUCUCUCCUCCAGAAGACUCCCUCCUCUCCGCUCACCUGCCACACUACAGGUUUCUACCCCGACAGAGCCGACUUGUUCUGGAAGAAAGACGAGGAGGAGCUCCAUGAGGACGUGGUCAAAGGAGAGAUCCUCCCCAACCAUGACGGGAGCUUCCAGAUGAGCGUUGAUCUGGAUGUUUCAGGGCUCCAAGAUGAAGACUGGGGGAGGUACAGCUGUGUGUUUCAUCUGGCUGGAGGACAGGAAGUCUCCAAGAGACUGGACAAACGGGACAUCAGGACCAACAGGAAGACAAAUGAUGGAGGGUUUGACACUGGACUCAUUGGAGGAGUUCUGGGAGGGAUUGCUGUUCUGGCCGUGAUCGGCUGCAUCAUUGGAUUCUUCGUCUACAAGAAGAAACAUCCUAAAGGGUUCAGAGCCACUAACACCUGUGAAAUGUCCUCUUUAGCAGGAGAAGAUCCAGCCGUGAAGAAAGGUAGCAGUGAGGAGCAGAGCAUGUUAAAAACCUCUGCAUGAAAGAGGAAGAGUCCA